GCGUCAUUGCUAGAAGUGAACUUUUAAGUGCUUUGACAUGGACUGUGUUUUUAAGCACGAACAAGACCAUUUCAAAACAAUUAAAUAUCUCGGAAGACCUGGUGACUGCUCCUUAAGGUUUUUGUGCGAUAUAAGCCAAAACUGGAAACCUUUUGCGAGCAUUUGGAAGUCUGAAGUAAUUUUGUGUCCUCGCGGUUAAAAUCAUGUCUCCACCUGGGAAAAUGAGAAAGCCCGAUAUUAAAAUGGUUGUCAUAGGAGACAUGAAUGUAGGGAAAACGUCCCUGCUGCAUAGGUACACAGAGAGAAACUUUAAGGACACUUUGAGCACAAUUGGUGGAGCAUUUUUCUUGAAGCAGUGGGGUCCAUACAACAUCUCCAUCUGGGAUACAGCGGGUCGUGAACAGUUCCAUGGUCUGGGCUCCAUGUAUUGUCGUGGCGCUGCAGCCAUCAUUCUCACGUAUGAUGUCACAAACUGGCAGAGCUUUGUAGAGCUUGAAGAUCGCUUCCUCUCUCUCACUGACUCUGCCAAUAGUGACAGCAUAUUUGCCAUUGUGGGCAACAAAGCAGACCUUACUGACCCUCAAUCCCAAGUUAUGACCCCAGAGGAAGUCAGGGCAGAAGAAGGUAGUGUACUUCCCCUUUCAUCUUGUCCUACACCCCCUGACUUUCCCUUGCACAAGCAGGUGAAUCAGGAUGAUGCCAUAGCACUUUACAACCGCAUAAUGCGCUAUAAGGCACUAGAGGGCAUCAGUCCACCAGCAGAGAAGAUGUGCUUCGAGACAAGUGCUAAGACUGGAUUUAAUGUAGACGUUAUGUUCGAAACACUCUUUGAUCUACUGUUGCCAUCCAUCAUUCAAAAACACUCCCAAAGUGAGUCACCCACAUUGUGUUUGGAGGACUAUGAUGAAGAGGGGAGGAAAAGUAAAGGGGGCUGUUGCACAUGAGAAUAUUUGCUGAAGAGUGUUUGGAGUCAUGCAUAAACAUCCAUCGGUUUAUGGACAUUGUUACGUGAUCUGUUUACUUAUAUCAAAUCUUGUACGUUGUCACAGUGUCUCUGCUUUGGCUCAUCAGUGUGUGUGUGUGUGUGUGUGUGUGUGUGAGAGAGAGAGAGACUUGUUUUUUUUUAAAUCGAGCACAAGGACUUUGAACUUAAGUUACUCAGUGUUUUGUUCAGUGUUUGAAAAAAAACUUUUGCUGAUAAUUUACUCACCCCCAUGUCAUCCAAGAUGUCCAUGUCAUUCUUUCUU